AUGCGACCAGGUGCGAUCAAGCAAAGGGAUGUAGCCCCCGUACAGACCUUUGCCAAGGCGGCGGCCAAGUGUGCAUCAGAGGCACGCAUCUAUGGCGCAUGCGUAACGGCCAACUACGAAAACAUCGAGCGCAACAUGUGCCAGAAAGAAUUUUUCGCCUUCAAAGCCUGUGUUCAGCAAAAGCUCGGUCGUAAAUGGUGA